GUACAUUCCGUUGUCGGUGGCCGCGGCGCUCGGGCGCCCACCAGUCGAACUCGCACUUGGCUGCGUCCCGGACUCGUCCAGCUGCAGGGUUUUCAGCGGAGGUAGCAUCCCACAAAGUCGGUCAAAAUGGAGGCCAUCAAGAAGAAGAUGCAGGCGAUGAAGCUGGAGAAGGACAACGCGAUGGAUCGCGCUGACCUUCUGGAACAGCAGGCCAAGGAUGCUAACCUCCGCGCCGAGAGGACCGAGGAGGAGCUUAGGGCCCUCCAGAAGAAGCUGCAGCAGACCGACAACGAGCUGGACACGGCGCAGGAGUCGCUCACCAAUGCCAACCACAAGCUGGAGGAGAAGGACAAGGCGCUGGCGACGGCUGAGGGCGAGGUCUCGGCUCUGGGACGCCGCAUCCAGCUGCUGGAGGAGGACCUGGAGCGCUCCGAGGAGCGGCUGGCCACCGCCACCACCAAGCUGGCUGAGGCGUCCCACUCCGCCGACGAGUCCGAGCGCGAGCGCAAGGCGCUGGAGAACCGGACCAACACGGAGGAGGACCGCGUCUCCAUCCUGGAGGCGCAGCUGGCGCAGGCCAAGCUGAUCGCCGAGGAGGCGGACAAGAAAUACGAGGAGGUGGCGCGCAAGGUGGUCAUGCUGGAGAAUGACCUGGAGCGGGCCGAGGAGCGGGCCGAGACAGGCGAGAGCAAGAUCGUGGAGCUGGAGGAGGAGCUGCGCGUGGUGGGCAACAACCUGAAGUCGCUCGAGGUCUCCGAGGAGAAGGCCAACCAGCGUGAGGAGGCGUAUAAGGAACAGAUCAAACAGCUCACGAACAGAAUGAAGCAGGCUGAGGCCCGCGCCGAGUUCGCCGAACGGUCGGUCCAGAAGCUGCAGAAGGAGGUCGACAGACUGGAAGACGAGCUGGUCAACGAGAAGGAGAAGUACAAGGGCAUCGCCGACGAGAUGGACACCGCCUUCGCCGAGCUGUCCGGCUACUAGAGCGCGCCGCGCGCCGCCGCCGGCGCCGAGCGCGGCCGGCGGGCACGGCCCGGGGUCGGGGCACGCGCCCUGCCGGCCGCCGGCCGCGGACCCCGCCCCCGCGCCUCCCCCUCCCUCCCUCCGGCGCAGCUACCGGCAGCAGUCACACCCUGUGAGCACCAGCGCCGCCGGCCCUUCACUCUUCUGUACGCCGCAUGCCCUUUCUGGCAGGUUUUGCUAUGUAUUUGUUAGGUUGCCCGGAGCAGAUGAUAUAUUAUUAUGUAUGGGUUCGAGUGGUGCUGAGGAGCGAGAUGUACGUCGCAUUUCGGCUAGAACGCGUCGAAGGAAACGGAAGUGAAGCACACUGCAGACUGUACACAGCUGUAUGACGUGACAAAAGAAUCUAACAAUUUUUAAGCC